AUGAUGACAAGCCUGCCUAAAAACAAAGCGCGGAAUGCCACAGUUGAGUCCUCUGCCCAAAAGGAAGGAGUACAUAUUAGUACCACCGUGACUCAUGAGGAGCACAUCCGGGUUGAAAGGGUUGAGUCUUACGUUUCUGAAGACCAAAUCUGGACUGUUGUUCAUGAAAACCACUUUCCUGACCCGAACAAUCUCAGCUUUAGCGUUCGCGAUCUUUUAUCAGUCACUGGGAACAUCAUUGAUGAAGCAGCCAAUAACUCCAUCGUUGAUGAUAUUCUACAGCACAAUGUAUCUGACAUGACAAUCUACGACGGGGACGACACCUUCAUCUCUCCAUUAUGCCUUCUGAAGUCCAUUAGCUGCCAGAUGUCAUCAUGUAAGGAUGGUGAACAAGUUUCCCUCCCUUUAAGGACUGAAGCAAUAUUUAAAAAGCUAAAAACGUUUUCAUGGGAAGCGAAGGCAGUGCUAACCCUAGCAGCCUUUGCUUUGGAAUAUGGAGAUUUCUGGCACCUUGCCCAGAACUAUGGCCAGUGUGACAAACUUACCAAGUCAGUGGCAAUCCUUAAGCGAAUGCCGAUCCUUAUCAAACACGAAACCUUAAAGAAACGCAGGGCUGCGAUUAACAAUUUGAUCGUGGAAACAUAUCAUGUGAUUCGUUACAGCGUUAAGCUGGAGGAUCUUCUACGGCACAACAAUCCAAAUGAUGUUCCUACAUUGACCACUGCAAUGAAAAAAAUCCCAGCGGCAGUUUAUUGGACAAUCUACACUAUUGUAGCUUGUACGGCUAAGAUCAACCGUCUUACCAGUGAUAA